CUCUUUCCUUUCAACAUGACAGAUGCCACUGUGUCCUUCGCCAAGGACUUCCUGGCAGGUGGAGUGGCCGCAGCCAUCUCCAAGACGGCGGUAGUGCCCAUCGAGCAGGUCAAGCUGCUGCUGCAGGUACGGCAUGCCAGCAAGCAGAUCACCGCAGAUAAGCAAUACAAGGGCAUUAUAGACUUCGUGGUCCGUAUUCCCAUGGAGCAGGGAGUCUCGUCCUUCUGGCGCGGUAACCUGGCCAAUGUCAUCAGAUACUUCCCCACCCAGGCUAUUAACUUCGCCUUCAAAGAUAAAUUCAAGCAGAUCUUCCUGGGUGGUGUGGGCAAGAGGACCCAAUUUUGGCGCUUCUUUGCAGGGAAUCUGGCAUCAGGCGGUGCUGCUGGGGCCACAUCCUUGUGUUUUGUGUGCCCUCUUGAUUUUGCCCGUACCCGUCUAGCAGCAGAUGUGGGUAAAGCUGGAGCCGAAAGGGAAUUCCGAGGCGUCGGCGACUGCCUGGUUAAGAUCUACAAAUCUGAUGGGAUUCAGGGUCUGUACCAAGGCUUUAACGUGUCUGUGCAGGGUAUUAUCAUCUACCAAACUGCCUACUUCGGUAUCUAUGACACUGCAAAGGGAAUGCUUCCGGAUCCCAGGAACACUCACAUCGUUAUCAGCUGGAUGAUCGCACAGACUGUCACUGCUGUUGCCGGGUUGACUUCCUAUCCAUUUGACACUGUUCGCUGCCGCAUGAUGAUGCAGUCGGGGCGCAAAGGAACUGACAUCAUGUACACAGGCGCACUUGACUGCUGGAGGAAGAUUGCUCGUGAUGAAGGAGGCAAAGCUUUCUUCAAGGGUGCAUGGUCCAAUGUUCUCAGAGGCAUGGGUGGUGCUUUUGUACUUGUCUUGUAUGAUGAAAUCAAGAAAUACACAUAAGUUAUUUCCUGGGAAUUUUCCCCCUGUGAACAGGCAAGUUGUAUUAUACAACGUAUCUUGAG